GCGCGUGUGUGUAUGUAUAUGUGUACACGUGCGUGUGUACACGUGCGUGUGCUCGCAGGAGUGAAGCGCUUCCAGUGUGUGACGUGCGGGCUGGCGUGGGCGGACGCGCGCUCCCUCAAGCGUCACGUGCGCACCCACACGGGCGAGCGCCCCUACGUGUGCCCGGUGUGCCGCGGGCAGCACAUCGACGCCCGCUCGCUGCGCCGCCACCUCGGGCGUGCCCACGGCGUCGCGGUCGCCAAGAUCUCGCUGCAGCGCGAGACGCUGCACUGCCACAACCGGGGCACGCAGGUCCUCCACGAAGUGCAGCUCAUGAGCGUCGACGACGCGGCCUCGCCCAGCGACGAAGGCGACGGCUCGCAGGUGCUCCUCGCUCACGUCGUCGUCCAAUCGGAAGGGGCCGUCGCCGGCGAGGGCGUCGUCCAAUCGGAAGGGGCCGUCGCCGGCGAGGGCGUCGUCCAAUCGGAAGGGGCCGUCGCCGGCGAGGGCGUCGUCCAAUCGGAAGGGGCCGUCGCCGGCGAGGGCGUCGUCCAAUCGGAUCCCGGCGCGGAGGGGGCAGCCGAGGUCGCCAAUGCCACGGAUUUCACCGCUGCCGCCAAUGUCGUGGAUUUCACCGCUGCCACCAAUGACACCGACUUUACCGCAGCCACGGAUUUCACCGCUGCCACCAAUGCCACGGAUUUCACCGCUGCCACCAAUGCCACCGACUUUACCGCAGCCACCAAUGCCACGGAUUUCACCGCUGCCGCCAAUGCCGCGGAUUUCACCGCUGCCGCCGCCAACGCCGCCGGCGUGGCCGCCGGCACCACGCUCACGGUGGACCGGCGGCUUUACGCGCAGCUCCUGGGGGCAGGCGACGACAGCGGCGGCGGCGGCGGCGGCGGCUGCACCGCGCCGCGCCGCCUGGUGGUGCGGUUCCUGCAGGUGGGGCCUUCAGCCGAGGGGUCAGCCGAGGGGUCAGCCGGCGGGCCGGCGCCGGGAGGACAGGCGAGCGCCGAGGAGGAGGUGGUGGUGGUG